AUGCUGCCAAAGAACCACAUUACACUGUUUCUACUCGUCGCUAGAACGUCGAAGAUUCUCGCUCAUGCAAACUGGGUAAUCAUCACAUUUCAAUCCAUCAUACAUUCAAUCAACAUGCAAUUUCAGAAAAACAACUCGGGGCCAAAGGUCAAAAGGGAAUCAAAAGACUCGGUCUCUGAAAUAUUCCUCUUUGUCCGUCUGGCUCAUUCCAGCGUUCCAAAGACACUGUGGAAACCGACAAACGCAAUAGAAAAUACUGCUCCUCUCUGCAAUCCGCCUAUGAACUCCGCACAGAAUCAAAUGGACCGUUCAACGCCGGCGAGCUCAACCGUACCGAUUGGGAAUUGA